AUGGAAGAUCAAGAAGGUGGAACAAAUAAUGCCAACGAUGACAACAACAAUAAUAAUAAUAGCAAUGUAGAGGAAGAAGAUACCAAUAGAAGAGAAAGAGAUGAAGAUCAACAAAUUAAUAAUAAUAAUAAUAGUGAUGAUGGAGGUGGAGGAGGUGGUGAAGAUGAUGGAGAUGAUAAUGAUGACGACGAUGAUGAUGAUGACGACGACGAUGACGAUGAUGAUGAAGAUGUAAAUAUUGUAUUGGAUACCGAGAGUGUGGAGGCAGGAAGAACAUCGACAAAGAACUCUUCAGGUUCCAUCAAACCUUCCUUUUAUAAGAGUGCACCCGUUACAAACUUGGCUGGUGUAAAGUAUCAAAUCUCAAAGCAAGCUACUGCAUCUCAGCAUCAACCAAACAGACCACAGAAAUCUAUAUACGAUCUUGAUCUUGGAGGUUUUGAAGAUCGACCAUGGACUAAACCAGGUGCCGAUAUGAGUGAUUACUUUAAUUACAACUUUACUGAAGAGACUUGGAAACUGUACUGUGAGAGACAGAUCCAACUCAGAGCUGAACAAGCUAAUCUUGGAAAGAUCAAAUCAUACGAAAGCACAAACAAGAUGAUCAACGGUGGAAACGAUCAAAAGAUAGACCUACCACCUGAAUUUAUGCCUCAAGAAAUGAAUAAGCAACAACAACAAGGUGGAAGAGGAGGAGGUGGUAUGCCAACCGAUAAACGUGGAGCAGUACCUCAACAAGGUGGACGUGGUAUGCCUGGUGGAUGGCAAGCAAAUAUGCAACCUCCAGGAGGAGGACCUCCUGGUAAUUUUUAUCCGGGUGGUAGUGGUGGAUACCCUCCACCUUAUGGCGGUGGUGUUGAAGGUCCAGUACCUACUAUGCCACCAUCAGACGAAAGAAGAAGAGAACGAGAAAGAGAUAGAGAAGGAACAUCUAGUGGAUCAGGAACUAGAGAACGCGAAAGAGAAAGAGAUAGUGGUAGUGGUAGCGGUAGUCGUAGUGACAGAGACCGUGAAAGAGAAAGAGAUGGUAGUGGUAGCGGUAGUAGUCGUAGCGAUCGUAGUGAAAGAGAUGGCAGCAGUCGUAGCGACCGUAGUGAAAGAAGUAGUGGUAGUGACAGAGACAGAGACCGAGAACGUUCAAGAAGAGGUGAUGACAGUGAAUAUAAAAGAAAAUCUUCCGAAGAUCCAAAUGACGAUAGAUUAAAAAGAAGGAGAUAA